UGGAACUGGCGUGAUUAGUUGGUGUUGCUGCAGUGACUCAAGCGCAGAGUGGAGUGGUCGCCGGAGAUGCCUGACGGUCUGUUCUGAGGAGCGGGUAGCAGCGCGAUGGAGCGGGCCAGGGACCGCUUACACCUGAGACGGACUACAGAACAGCACGUGCCAGAGGUGGAAGUCCAAGUCAAACGUAGGAGGACAGCCUCACUAAGCAACCAAGAGUGUCAGCUGUACCCAAGGAGAUCUCAGCAGCAGCAAGUACCUGUGGUGGAUUUCCAGGCGGAACUGAGACAGGCAUUCUUAGCUGAGACACCAAGAGGUGGUUAAAGCAGUUAUUGGAACAUCCAGGCUCCCAUCUACUGUUUGAAGCUUCUGCCCCAAGCUUGCAUUGUUUAUAGGAGAACCUGCGUCAUACCUUUAUCUGUAGCCUUCCCUUAGGUCUUAAGGAUCCUGAAACCUUCCU